AUGCAGAUUGUCUACGCAGUUAGUGCCGCCUUCGAUAUCGCCACAACAAGCACGAUCCUAGUCGAUGACAGGCUCGAUCAAUGUGACGAACGCGCUGGCUGUCCCACGUGGCACACUCGCCAUGCGGUGACAUUCCCUACUGAUACUGGUGUUUUGUUUGCAAUUGGCAAACGAGCGUUGCGUUUCCUGGUGCCGGACAGCCAUCCGUUCAAGUGGAAAAUACUUAGUCUUUACGACGACUACCAAGAUUACUGUUUGAGUUACCUGUCGGUUGCUGGUGCUCGUUUGCAAAGGGCCUCUAGUGAAGAUAUCCGGCAGAAGCUGUUCUAUUCCGUGGAUAGUGUUACUCCUGAAACAUAUCGGGCCUUCUCGUGGAUGCGCUCAGGAUAUUACAAUACCGUGAUGCGAGAGGCGUGUCGGCUACUAGCAUGCUAUAGCAGCGUUAUCGCCACUAAAAGUCAUAGACAACUCUACUUCGAUGUCAUCGCUCGUGGAAACGGGGUGAUGUGUGUUCUAGAUGACAUUCGUGACUCAAGGGCACUCAAUAUUGAACUGCCGAAUCGAAGCAUCCGUGGGCCAUUAGACGAGUAUUUGCAAUAUGUCAAGCCCGAGAUGAUGCUCGACUUUCUCCCCGGAGAAACACAUCAAACAUUCUUGUUGGCGUCUUUGGAACUUGCACGAGGAGAGAGCAAAGCGAUGACUCUGGGGGAAGAUGAGAAGUCAGAAAUAUUUGCUAUACUCGUGGAUUGCUACUGGCCCAAGGAGCAGGGCCUGGAGGAAGAUCCUAAGGUCAAGGAAUCGAGAAUUCGUCGUCUCUGCGCUAUGUUCCUGAAGUAUAACCUGCUUAAAUAUCUCAAAGAACAUGUGAUGUCUAGGGCGCUCAACGAAUAUUUCGUCGCAAACCACCAAGCUGUGGAUGUGCUCAAGAUGCCAUCGGAUAUGUUGUCCUAUCCAAUUGGAGCUAUGCUCUGCGAGGAGACGGAUACUCGACCAGAUCAUGUGGCGGCAGCUGCUCGUGAAAUUAUGGCGACACCAAACUCGAAAAUGAAUGAGGAAGCAAAGUUUCAGCGGAUGUUAUGCCUUUUUCAAGAUAUAUGA